CUUUUAUACUCAGUUUCAUAGCUGUUUUAACUGCCAUCCUGCUAGCAUGUCUGAUGGUCGGAUUCUUUGUUAAGACCACGAAGAAGGUUUCAGAACUAUCGAAACUUUUAGAAAAAGAUAACGGCAUUAACAAAGAUCUCGAAAGUGGACUACAGGAAGAAAUGAAACCAGAAGAAGAUCAAGAAAUAGUAAAAUCACAGAGUCAGACCGAUUUUAAACCAAAGAACUAUCACAAGCAGCGUAUGCUUAUGAAAUUGAAACUGAAGGAAGCUCAAAAAGAACACCCGCUAGCGAAGAUGACCAGCAUGGAAAAAGUUUCGCAAAGAAAACGAAGAAGACGACCCCUGAGAAGCCGUAACGAGAGGAACAAGCGGACUACUUUAAAGAUUUACCCGGCCAUGGACGUAUCAGACACGGAGUUGAGCCCAGGAGAGUUGGUAAAGUGUCACUAUCCUUUCCCCAAACAUCAGAAGAAGCUCAUCUGGCCCAACAAAUACAAGUUUAUCCCUCAGGAUCUUGAACCUGGUGAACUUGUUUUCAUUUCUGGGGACGAAAAUGCCAAAUGGUCACCAUACGAAUUCAAAGUAUCGGAUAGCGUUUCACUGUCUUUUGGCGAAGAUAAAGUAAAGAAUGAAACAUCUGGUCAGGAAAUUGAGAUGAUUAGUCGGGAUCCACAGAAGAUGGAACAAUACGCAGUUAAAGAAACAUCGCCCACUUUAACCCCGAAGCUUGCGGUAAAGAGUUCUUCCAAGAAACCUUCACGAAGACCACCUCCUAAACACAAGAUUAAAGGAUUAAGAACCAGGAAUUACAAUCAGAAGCCGAAAGAGUGAUCACCAAUUUAGAUGAAAUAAUGUCCACAGUCAGUCCUGAAAUCACCAGAUCCAAGCUUGCCACAGCUAAUAGGCUGUCGUCUGCGAGGGAAAGAAGAUUGAAUCAAAAAUAUCUUAAAAGAAAUACGGACCAGACUGUGCCGGAUACAGCCACAGAAGAAACACUGAAAGUAGAAAAGAAGGGAGACUCGCUGUGUAUCGAAGUGGAAAGAGAUGAUGUUAUAUCCUCGACUCCCGCCAUCCUCCCACCAAACCCCUCUCCUGUCACCCCAGUGCCUCUUGAAGAGUGUCCUCGCAAACUCUCACCUAAUAAAGUAACACUGGCCGCUCAAAAGCUCUCUUCCACGUCCCAGCUCAAUGAUCCAAAGAUCCGACGUCCAGAAGCAAAGUCCACAUUAACGACUGCUCGGCGUCAACAACCAAAAAAUAAGAACGCUCUAUUAGCGACACAAACUCCCCCGCCAAAACAUGCGAAGAAGAUCAUGUUCCGACCAGGAGCAGUCAGGAAAAGGAGGUCCAUAUUCGGCAAACCUAAGAGUCUCAACUAUUGGACUAUCAUUGCCAACAAAAAACUCCAAAAGAAAAACGAAGCUCUUAUAGCAGAACAUUCUCUGAGCACAAACCCUAUUCUUCAAAUUCAACGAAAAAGUGACGGGGCUAUCCUGUAUGAAUCUCCUCUGAAAUCAAAUCUUUUCGUUAUUCAGAACGGUGUCGUUAUGAGAAAAGAUAACGUGAACUGAAAUAUACAAAUAUUGUACAACAAGUACCUACACCUCUACACAAAGCUAAACCUGGUUGGAAAUGGAGUAACCACUAGUUGACCAAUGAUUGAAAUGGAUGACGCAUCCUUUCAAGAAACAUAGAUAAAGAAGGACAGACAGGGAUACAUUUCAUCACACGAAGAUAUUCUACAUUUGCAUAUUUUCAGUUAAUA